CUACCAAUUACGUGGUGAAAUGUCAGUUGUCAAUCGAUGCGAAUUGUGAACACUCUAACAUUAGGAUUUCAAUUAUUUUUGUACUUUUAGAAUUCGAGAUAUAAUUCUAGACAAAAUGAUUUUCACACCAAUAUUAGUUGCAAUAUUUAUGACAUUUAUCAACGGUAUACUUUCUAAAAGUGUUGAACUUACCUUCGAGUUACCUGAUAGUGCAGUAGAAUGUUUUUAUGAAGAAAUAGAAAAAAAUACAUCAGCGGCAUUAGAAUAUCAGGUAAUCACUGGAGGACAAUACGAUGUGGAUGUUAAGAUUGAAGGUCCCAAUAAGCAAAUUAUUUACCAACAACAAAAAAUGCAAUAUGAUUCUCAUCAGUUCACAACACAAAUGACAGGUAUAUACAAGGUUUGCUUUAGCAAUGAAUUUAGUACAUUCUCUCAUAAACUUGUAUACAUGGAGCUAAAUGUGGGCCCUGAAAAGCCUCUGCCCGGAGUCGGAGACCAUGCUACUGUUCUAACACAGCUGGAAACUUCUGCCGAAGAAAUUCACUCAGCCCUCAACAGAAUCAUUGACCACCAAACUCACCACAGGCUAAGAGAGGCUCAGGGUCGCAAGAGGGCAGAGGACCUUAACGAGAGAGUAUUCUGGUGGUCCAUGGGCGAAUCCCUAGCUAUUGUUUGUGUAACUUUCAUACAAGUCAUGGUACUCAAGAACUUCUUCAGCGACCGACCAACAUUAUACAAUCGAAUGUAAUAACUAGUUAAUAUUUUAGUUUAUUUAUUAAAACAACUUUGGGGUUUAAUUAUAAUGUUUUAUUUGUAUAAAAUACAACUUAUUACAAUCUUUUAUUGCAACUUAAGUUAAUAAAAAUAAUUACACAUUUUAUAUAUUACACUGUGAAACAUGAAAUUUUGAGUAUAUUUUUAUUUCCAUAAAAAACACUAUAUGUCUCUGGUUAUACAUAACUAAAGUUCUGUACAGAUUGUUGUAUGUAUGUAUAAACAGUAAUUUCAUAACCUCUGUUUAAUACAAUAUUAAUCAGAUAUUAUUUGUUACACUUACAAACAAUCAAAAGAGCACUAACAGAGCAAAAACUCCAUUGACUAAUGCACAGGGAUAGGCAAUCAAUGGUCUCUGUUCAGAAUCACCAGACAUGGUAACAAACAGCCUGCUCGCUGAAAGUGCUGACCAGAUAACAGCAACAGCUGACAAACUUAAUCCCACAGAUCCUUCAAGAGAGAUGAAUAUCCCAAGACCAGCCAAAACCACCAUGGGCAACAUACAGUAGCCUAGGACACUAGCUACACUUAGCAGGGUAAAAACUCCUUCAGUGCGACUCAUUAGAGAUAGUAGGAAAUACAUCAAAAUUACUGACAUUACAGAUAACCCAUAAACAUACCCAAAAUGUGCCUUAUUCCCAGCUAGGAAUAAACACACUGCUAGUGCUAAACAAAAUGCUAUAGGGCCAGCUAUGUCUGUGUCUCUCAGUAAAAAGUUAGCAUCAUCUGCUUUUGAUUGACCGUGGAAUGGAUUAAGUACAGCUAAAGUUUUUUCCAAUAUUCUAUCUGGGUAUAUUUCCAAUUCGUCUAACAAUGGUGGUUCGUCAAACUCGGUUGGUUCACCUACUGGCUCACCGGGCACUGGUGCUGGAGUAAAUAUGUUUGAAUUGUAGUACUGGUUGUUAUUGGCAGUCAUAGUACCCUGAUUUUGGUCGAAAGAGUAGUUUUGUUGAUCGGUUGGAAAUGUUUGAAAAUCUGAAAGAAAAUGUUUUGUUGUUAACAGACAUAUUACUAACAUUUGUAUCGUAAACAGAUAUCUUUAAUCUUAGGAAGUGCUUGCUCACCUAACGUUUGCGCUGGAUCGGCAAACGCAUUAGAAGUGUUAAAAGAGUACCCUUGGCUAUUAUUCUGAGUUUGCCAUGAAUAAUCAUUCGGGUUGUUGAAAUUGGCCAUUUUUGUAUAUUUACUGAUAAGAAUUGUAGAUCAAACAGAUAAAUUUCAUGUAAAUUUGCACUAAAUUAUUAAUUGAUCAGUUCCACUUCCAUGUCACUACCUGUCAAAUUUGCUU